AUGUCCGACCCAGCCGCACCUUCGUCUGCGCCCGCCGCAGGGCCAAGUGCACCCGCCUCGGACGCGGCCAAAUCGAAACAGCAACCACCACUACCCGCCAAGGAGGGCGGCAGCGAUAAAAAGUCGGCCAAGGAACUCAAGGCGGCGCGACGAGCCGCCAAGGUGGCCGAGCGUGCACCGGGCGACGGCUCCACUCCUCAGCGCGGGCCGCCCUCUGGUGCUGCUGCGGCUGCGCGUGGGGGUGCGGCGGACCGCAGCCAACAGCAUAGCCGCGACGGUCCACCCGCAGGCAAGCGUCCCGGCUCGUCGUCUGCCAAUGCGGCUAGCGGCAAGCUCGGCGGCGCCGCAGGUGCGUCUGGCGCGGCGGCCGGUACAGCCAUGGCGGCUGCAGCGUCUAGUAGUGGAGCACGUCGAGCUCAGGAUGGCGCCGCACCCACCCGCGCCGCACCCGCACAUCCGUCAGUGGCGCUGUUCGGCAACGUCUCGUCGGCCAAGCCGCACAACGCGCACAUUGCCGCGCAGGUCUCUGCGUCGUUCCGCUCCAACAUCCACCCCUCGAUCCUGCGGCUGGCGUCGCAGCUCGCGCAGUACAAGCUCAUGGGCGCCGACACGCGCGCGAUUGCGCUGCUGCGCGCCAUGGCCGACGUGAUCCGCGACUACACCACCCCGCGCGGCGAAAUGCUCAACCGCGACCUGCUCAAGACGGUGAGCGCACAGGUGGGCCAUCUGGUCGAUGCUCGCGCAAUGGGUACUUCACAGGGCGUAGCCGUGCGCUACCUCAAGUACGAGAUCUCGGUGGUGAGCGCCGAUUUGACCGAGGACGAGGCCAAGGAACAUCUGCUGGAGAGGAUCGACCAUUUCGUAAGGGACCGUAUCGUGUAUGCGUCCAAGAUCAUCCGCACCCAGGCGGGAAGCAAGAUCAAGCACGGCCAUGUCGUCAUGACGUUUGCGCGAUCCAGCGUGGUCGAGGGCACGCUGCUUGCGGCGUGGGAGCGCGGUGUGCGCUUCGAAGUCAUCGUCAUCGACACACGCCCGCUUCUCGAAGGCAAAGCGCUGCUGAGCGUGCUGCUUGCCGCGGGCAUCCCGUGCACGUACGGCUUGAUUUCGAGUCUGUCGUCGCUCAUGCCACGUGCCGACCUGUUGCUGCUCGGAACGUCGGCGCUGCUUGCGAAUGGUGCGCUCUACUCGCGCGCGGGCACCGCGACGUGUGCCAUGAUGGCGCGCGAAAAGGGCAUCCCCGUCAUCGUGUGCUGCGAAACCUACAAGUUCUCCGAACGCGUCCAGCUCGAUUCGUUCGUCCAGAACGAGGCCGGCAACCCGCGGGACCUUUUGCUCCCCGCAGCCGACGAUGCAGAUGCAGACGCAGAGGACGAUCCAAAGCGUACGGGCCUGAUCGAUGUGGCCGAGUGGCAGCGCUUGCCGAACCUCGCGGUGGUCAAUUUGUUGUACGACGUCACCCCACCCAGGUUCAUCUCGGCCGUUGCGAGCGAGGUGGGUCUGUCUGGGCCAGAGAGCGUGGGCGUCAUCCUGCGCGACUACAAGAGCGUACUCUACGUGUUGCUCGAUGCGCUGCCGGCAGUGUCGCAGUACGGAUUCACCAAGCAUGCCUACAUGCAUGCGGAUGGCGUGCAUCACGAUGUGAACCAGCGCCUACGCACGGUAGACACGCUCUUCCCCGGGCCAGACUCCACCUUCGAAGCCGCACUGUUUCAGGCGUGGAAUAGCGUCUCGAAUCACGCCUCCAUUCACGCCACCACCCCCCAGCACAUCAUCACGGCUCUGAGAAACGGAACACUCGACAAAGAAGCCCAAAGACCAGUUCGACUCGACGCACAACUCAGCGAGGAGCAACAGCGAAAGGCACUUGCAAAUGUGGCUGAACUUAUGCUGGAUCGGUUGAAGCUGAGUUGGAAUGCACGUCCGCAUCUGCAACAGGGUCUGGCGGCGGUUUCAACCGCAUCACCCGAGACCUCGACGUGGCACAGCGUGUUUCCACACAAGACGGUGCUACCCGAUCUACCCACUCCACGACCACUGCUUGAGAUGGCGUCCGGAUUCGUAGGCGACGCACUAUCGCACCCUGCAGCCCAGCAACGGACGGGAUGGAUCGAUUCGGACGGUGUCGAUUGGUACGCAGUGCGCACGCGGCUUACACUCGCCUACCUUGCAGCUACACUUCAUGCUGCUGCCCCCUCGAUCACGAACUUGGCCGACACAGCGGCACUUGGGGAAGUCGUGGAUGGCUAG